GGCGGGGCGCAGACGGGAGCUCCUGAGUCCGCAGUCGCUGCAGCGGGGAGGGAGGCUCGAGUGGCCCUGACGUACAGGUUGUCUGAGCCAUGGCUCUGGCCAGCAUCAGAUGGCCUGCCACUGUUUUAAGGAAGCCGGGUGCCUGGAUUGGACUCUGGGGGGCGCUCCAGGGGACACCUUCUUCAUACAGACUCUGCGCUUCCUGGAAUCGGCAUGCACAUCUUUGUAGUACCAAGUUAAAUGCAUCAAACUAUCAGAGACUUUUCCAUAAUGUUUUCUCACGAAGACUCCCAGAGCUUUCAGUGUCUCCAGAUUAUAUUGUUCCAUUUACCACAAGACUCAAAAGUAACAUAAGCUCCAAAAACUCCACCGAAAAGACAGUGGAGGACGAAGAUUCUGAGGAGGAGAGAGAGCACGGCGAGCUGAGUGAGCAGGAGGAUGAGCUGGAGGGCGAGCCCGGCGUGGUCAGAGACUACAGAGACCUGGAGAAAGUCGUGCAGUCUCUCCGGUACGAUGCUAUCCUGAAGACCGGCUUGGAUGUCGGAAGAAACAGAGUGGAAGAAGCCUUCUACAAAGGUGAACUCCGGCUGAAUGGAGAAAAAUUGUGGAAAAAAAGCAGAACGGUGAAAGUGGGAGACACUUUGGAUCUCCUCAUUGGGGAAGAUAAAGAAGGAGAGAAAGAAACAGUGAUGCGCAUUCUCCUGAAAAAGGUCUUCGAAGAGAAGACAGCUGGUGAGAAGCAUAGGGUGGUGGUCCGGCGGUGGAAGCGGCUGGAGCUGCCCAAGAAGAGGGUGUCUAAGUAAAAGAGGGCCAAUGCACCUUUCUCCUGGUGUGGGAAGGGGCCUGCUACGGAGGACACUUUUAUUAAAAUAAAGUUCUCUUACCACGUG